CCGGCUGUCUGCGCUCAUAAACCCAACAGGACAGGGAAAAGUUAGACAGACAGGCAGCCGCAGGUCCUUCAGGUCGGAGCUGAUUCUGUGCUUGUGCUGCUUCUUCCUUCGCUUCCACCACGAUGGAGCCUCCGGACUUUGAAGCCAUGAACCUGACAGUGAAGCCGGCGCCGCCAGCGUUCCCGCUGUGUGGCGAAUGGAAGGAGGCUGCGGAGGGAUCUCUGUUCCACCUCGCCAACAUCCUGCUUUUCCUCGGCUUCAUGGGAGGAAGCGGUUUCUACGGACACCUUUACCUGUUCACCUUCUUGACUGUGGGCUUCUUCUGCAGCACUGCGUGGGCAUGGUCGGACCCCUGCACCACGGACACCUUCCUCUGGAACUUCGCCCUGUUCGGGGCGUGUUUGACUCAGGCUCUCUAUAUAGUCUACAAGCUGAGGAGCCUCACAUUCGACAAGGACUUUGAGGAACUGUAUAACUGCAUGUUUAAAAGACUCGGAGUCUCCCUUACACAUUUUGGGAAGAUAGUGACUUCCAGUGACGGAGUUGUCCACACCUUGGAGAAGGGCCAGUUCUUUGCUGUAGAAGGAAAAACAGCUAUUGACAAGCUGUCUGUUCUUCUGUCUGGCAGAAUCCAUGUGACAGUGAAUGGAGAGUUCCUGCAUUACAUCUACCCUUUCCAGUUCCUGGAUUCUCCUGAAUGGGAUUCUCUGAGGCCCUCAGAGGAGGGAAUAUUCCAGGUGACUCUGCAUGCUGACGAUCAGUGCCGAUACAUAGCCUGGAGGAGGAAGAAGCUGUACCUGCUUUUUGCUAAGCACCGCUACAUAGCCCGGAUCUUUGCCCUGAUUGUGCGCAGUGACAUUACUGAUAAGGUGUACUCACUUAGUGACAAGGCUUUUGAUAGAGCAGGACACCGCUAUGAUCUUCGCUUACCAAGUUACUGCCACAUGCCAGGGCCAGAAUUAGAAAGAGCACAUGACCUCCUAGAAGUUCCUGUGUCAGGGGAAAGGGCCGCUUAGUCACACACACACAGUGUCAGGCCUUUACAUUUAGAACUUUCUUUCUGCAUUACAAAAUGUCAUACUGGGGAUGAUGUUUAAGUGAAUUAACCACCCUGUGCUCUCCUGUACUCCUCACCUGUGAGAUGGAAACCCCAAAGAAAACAAGUCAAAGCACAAGUCAAACUGAAGUCUGGCUGCCUCA